AUGGACUUGAGCAGAUUAGACACGCAUGCAUCCCCUGCAUGGGUGGACGUGUCCACCUUGGGACUAGCCACUGACGGUGCAAAAGAGCCCUUGGCCCGGGCAAAUGACUAUCUUGCUUUCCUAGCCUCUGCCAACCUCACUACCAAAGAAAUUGGCGACGACGAAUCAACUCCACGCUUGACCUCUCGUGACUCAACAACUAAAACAUGA